AUGGUUGAUAACUACUUCGCCCAUCCUUGCAGUGCUCCACGCUUAUCCUUCGACUUCUCCGACGGCGUACUACUCGACGAGGCCGCCGCUGGAAACAGCGGCGGCGGGGGCGGGGCGGUGAUGAAGGAGCACGACCGGCUGCUCCCCAUAGCCAACGUGGGGCGGAAAAUGAAGCAGAUCCUGCCGCCGAACGCCAAGAUCUCCAAGGAAGCCAAGGAGACGAUGCAGGAGUGCGUGUCGGAGUUCAUCAGCUUCGUCACCGCCGAGGCCUCCGACCACUGCCACAGGGAGAGGCGGAAGACGGUGAACGGCGACGACGUCUGCUGGGCGCUUUCGUCCUUAGGGUUCGACGACUACGCCGACCCGCUGAGGCGGUACCUGCACCGGUACAGGGAGCUCGAAGGGGAGAGGGCCGCCGCCGCCGCCGCCAGCCACGGUGUGACGGCGGCGGCGGGUGGGGAAGAAGACGGUGGUGGUGGUGGUGGAGAUGAGAGUUCUUCUUCUCGGUGUGGAUUGAACGUCUCCGGCGGUCAGUCCACGUACUUCCAUGUAAUUUGA